AGCUCCUGGUGACUCAGAAGGCUGAGAGGGAGUCUGUGGGGCCGGGCCACUGCCAGGCUCAAGGGCAGUGAGAUGAAUCUAUUCAGAAGGAAGGACAGCUCGGGCAGGAAGAAACCCUUGCUCAGAAGAGAAGCGGCUGGCAGUGAGCAUGAACGAAUCCUGCUCGAUGAGGCUCAGGCACACGGGAAACAGCCCAGAGGCCACUCUUUCCGUCUGGGAAGGGGGUUUCUGAACUUUCUGGGAGGAUGGCACAGAAGGCACAGAAAUAAAGAACCCGAAGAUGUCAUUCAUCUGACAGAAACUUCCAAAGGCUUCCAGCAGCUGCUCCAGGAGGGGCAGUUCCUGCAAGCCUACCUGAGCAUCUCGGAGUCGGAGCAGGAGGGGCAGGACUGCGGCCCCCAGUACCAGGCUGUGGCCCAGAGCAUGUGGCAGGUGGUGCAGCAGGCUCUGCAGGGGGCCGGGCACAGCAAGGAGCUGGAGCUGAAGCUCCAGGCAGUACUGGCCACUGUGGAGCAGGCGCAGCACAAGCCCCCGGGCCCGGAGGCUGAGACCCUCGAGGAUGGCGGCGGCGUUGCCGCCUGGGGCGGGCAGCUGGAGAGGCUGCUGAGAAGGGACGCCGAGGCCCGAGUGCCCAGGUUGGACCCCAGGAACCAGCUGGGCCCGUUCCUGGAGAAGCUAGGGGAGGCCGUGAGACAGGGCCUGGGGUCCCAGAGGGCAAGCCGGCUGGGGACCCGCCUCUGGGCGAGCUACAGGGUCUGCUUCCAGGAGGCCCUCCUCGGCCGCCUCGCGGAGCUCACGCAGUCCUGCGGUGCCAACUGGAAGAGCUACUGCGAGCUGUACACCUGGGGCAAGGAGGCCCUGUUCGGGCAGCUGGGCCAGGAGAGCUUUCUGAACGCACCUUCUGCCGCCCCGGAGCCCACGGUUGGGCACCUCUUGGACCCCAUGAUGUUUGUGACCUGGAUGUCCCAAAGGCAGGAGGAGCUGGUGAGGCUGACCCAGGAAAGGCUGGAGCAGGCUCUGGGGAAAGUCCUGAGCUGCGACCGGAGACAGUGGGCCCAGUCCUCCUGCCCGACGUUCCUGGAGAUCCUCCAGCUGCUGGAAGAAACCAUAGAUGCAGCACGGCCCAUUGGACUAACGAUCACCAGCCAGGUUCAAGCCAUGGUUCUGGAAACAUUUUCAAAGUUUCUGAACAGGUACCAGGCCGAAGCUAUCCGCUUCUUGCAGCAGAACGCCCCUGCGGGGGCCUUCCCCGAGGUGCACUUGCUGCGAAACUGCUGCAUCCUCAGGAAAACGUGGCAGGAGCUGAGCCAGGCACACGUUCCACCCGCAGACCUGGGCCCCGCUGUGGAGGGCGCCAUCCACGUCAUUGAGGACCACAGCCGGGACCACCUCCUGCCUAGAGUCAGAGCCCUGUGCCAGAGUCUGCUGAGGGACCACUUCGGGAGGAAGGACAAGGAUCUGGUCCACGCUGUGCAGUCUCUGUGCCAGGGCCUGAGGGGCUGUCCCAGCUUGCACUCCACUCCCAUGUAUGAGAGCAUUAUGCGAAGUUUGCACAUGGUGGUCUUUGGGGAGUACGUCCAGGCCCUGGCCACCCACCUCAGGACGCUGGCGCCUGGGAAGUGGAGAAGCCUCAGUGCUCAGGUGGAGAGGGACAUCGAGAAGUUGGACAACAUCUUCAGGAAGCACAGGGGUCCUGGCUUGGACGGCCCGCAGGAACUCAUCUUGGAGAUCUUCCAGCUCAGCGAGAACACGGGCAGGGAGACUGUGAAUAAUUGGCUGGCCUCCUUCAGGGACAGAUUCCCGGGUUAUCUGAGCCCGCCGGACCAGCCACGCAGCUCUGCGGACUUGGAGGUGGAAGUCAAGGGAAGGUGCUGCUGCUGCUGCUGCCCAGCUCUGCACAGGGCCUGGCUGAACUCUGACUGCCCUGAAUGGAGGUGGAGGUGAACUGUGGCUUCAGGCGACCUCGGGCUGUAGAAGUUGUGUGGCUCCGGCACCCACCUGAGGCGAAGGAUCUGGGUGCCCCUGAUCCCAGCACCCACCCCGUGGCCACUUCAUGAAUGACAGCCUGAUAUCCAGGAGGAAGCCAGUCCUUCAGAAGUCUGGACUCUUCUAUCAGAAGGAAUAUGUGGGGCAUUGACCCUGGAACCCAGCUACCAAGCUAAAGGCAGGCCAGGCCUUGCGGGAAGCCACGUGCCGGUGUCCCAGCCAGCGACCCCCCUGAGGGCCCGGUCAGCAGCCGGUGUGAACCCCAGACGUUCGGGUGAGGAGAGUCUCAAGAUUCCUGCAGCUCCAGCCACUGUCUGAUGCAGCGUCGGCAUUAACUGGUGUCGCACACCUGGACACUUGCCUGGUGUGGACACCCACACGCCUGGUGUCAAAAGAGCUGUGAGUAGAGGGACAGUUGUCCUGCAGCCACAGGAAGCAUCCCGGGUGGAUGUUUGGUUACCGCCGCCUCCAGGCUGCGUGAGUAAUCACAGCGGACAGGCCUCUGGUUAACGCUGGAGUAGGAAGCAGUCGUUUCUCCUUUUCCUUUUUUUUUUUUUUUUUUUUUGUUCUCCUCAUCC